AUGCUGUUCCUGUUUUCAUUUUUAUCAAUAUUUGUAAAUGUAGAAAACAAAAACAUGAAAAUUUCAAAAUUUAAAGCAUUUAUUAUACAAUCACAAAACGAUAAAUACGGCAUUUUCAAUAUACGUAAUAAUAGUUUUAAAAAAAUCAAAGAGAUACAAAAAAAUUUCAAGUCCAAUAUUUUUGUGCAGGAGCAAAUAAAAUAUGCCCUUUUUUAUUCCAUUUUACAGAAUAUAUCAAGAAAAAUAAAUACCUUUAAGUUGCAUUUGUUUUAUUCCCUACCCUUGCCCUCAGUUUUAAAAUACUUAAAGUUAAGUGGAAAUAGCUUGAGGCUGUCCGUUUUGCAUUUCAUAAGAAUAUACAAAUUCAUAAUAUAUAUAAGAUGCUUGUUGGAAUGGCUUCCGCAAAUUAAUCCCCAUCUAAAUCCAUUUGUAUAUAUUUUUACCUAUACGAACAGCUAUGUUCAGUUUUUUCAUAAAAACAUUCCUAGCGUUAUGGGCAUAGAUUUGAGUGGAGUAUUAUCCUGGUUAUUUCUGGAAAUGAUAGAAAGCUACUUGUCUUAG